AAAAAAAAAAAAAAAAUGGAUAUUCCAAAAUAUGAUGGAAAUAUACAUCCAGAUGAAUGGAUAAAUGAUAUUCGAAAAUAUCAUUACAUUUGGAAAGUUGAAUAUGAAGAAUUUUUGAAUAUUGUCAUAUCUUUAAUAGAUCCCACUAUCAAACUUCCAACUGAAAUUAGCGAUAUUGAAGAACUUCGUAAUGCAUUAAAAGAAAAUAUUUCUUUUACGGUAUUUAAGAAUACAAAUAAAAGAAAAUUACAAUUAUUAAAGUAUAUACCUGAAAGUAGAGGUGGAGAUACUUCAAAGUUUAUUUCAAAUUUUCUCAAAUUAUGUUAUAACGCUGAAAUUAAUGAUAUAGAAGAACAAAAAAUUUAUUUUUAUAAAUCGCUUCCAAUGAACCAUUUUGAUUCUAUUUCAAAUGAAUUUCACCAGAAAAUGAAAAAUAUAAAUUCGUUAAACGAAUUAAUUAAAGAAUUUGAAGAUUUUGUUGUUUAUGAAUCAAAUUUAAUUACAAAUGAUUCUAUUGUAGCUUUAAGACAUGUUGCUACAGGAAAAUAUUUAAGUUCAGUUGAAAAUUUAUGUUAUAAAACUGGAAGCAAACUUCAAUUGGUUUUUGUAAGAGGUUCGGAUCCUGGACCAAAUUCUUUAUGGAAAAUUCAAUUUAAUAAAGAAUUGGCUACUUACACUGAUACUUCUAUAACUUUACAACACACAAAAUCAAAUAAGUUACUUGGAAUAAGUUGGUAUGGAUCUGGAAAUUCGUAUUCUUAUCAAAAAUCUCCAACAUUUGGCUCUACGGAAGUAAAUUGUGGUGGAAAUGCAAGUGAAUGGAAAUUUAAUUAUAGUAAAUCAGAAGAAAAUCAUGAAAGUUAUUUAAAAUCAAAUGAUAUUAUUUAUCUUAGCAUUAAGAAAUCAGUUGACCGUAGUGGUCGUACUACUCAUAUUGGUAGUGUGGAAUUUUUGCGUUGUCAUGAUGUUCGAUUUACUAUUGGGAAUGAUAAUUUUCAAGAAAUUGUUUGCCAUAAUGAAAGACUAGGAGCAAAUGAUGAUUGGUGUAUUGAACUUAUUGAACAAUGUGCUUGAACAAUUUGAACAAUGCAUUUGGGUCAUACUGAUUAAUCAAUUAGUUAUUUUUUAUUAGUUUAGUAUUUAUAAGUUCUUCAUUAUUUAUUUAUUAAACUAAAAUGCUUACAAAUUCCUUAUUAAAUAAAAUAAUAAAAUUGCAGUAUGUAACUCUUUGAAAACAAUAGUUUAAAUAUUUUCCUUUUAUGCAAGAAAAUAGGAAUUGUGAAAUAAUGGAUUCUUUAAGUCAUACAGUGUGUAAUAAAAAAAACUUGAAUAUCAUUCAUGUAAUAAAAAUGCAUAUAUAUUAUACGCUCAAAAUAAAUCUGAUUUUCUUUGCGUAAAUUGAAUAAUAAACCUAUAACCAAGAUCUAUAUUAUGGUAUAGUUACUUCAAUUUCGGUAUAUAGUAAAAAAGCGAAAAAAAUUAUUCAAAUUACAAAAAUAUGUGUAGUUCGCUCAAAAUAAGUCCAAUUCUUAUCAUUUAAAAUGCAAAAUAAAC